GCCAAAAAGGGGACCAACCAGGUGAAAAUUCUGGAGAAGAGGCUCAAUCCAUUUUCGUACACACGCACGAGAUUUCUCUCUCAGAAAUUCAGAGGGAAGUCGAAGCCAGGGGUAAAAGCAAGGACCUUUCGAUUCUUUUGGUCACUUAAACGAGACUUUACCUACGUGUACCCGUGGAUUUGGCAUCAGGGAAACAGAACAAUUCCUCGCAAGAAGUCACACUUCUGGACAAAAGCUAUUUCAUUGCAUACAAGCGUUUGCAACCAGUGUGUCCCAAUCUGACGACAGUCCAAGUCCAGCACAACAUUUUAUCUGGCUUCUUGAAUCAGUCUCUCGAUCAUCAUGUCAAAUACACUUGACCCUCUCGUCGCAAAGGUGCUUGACCACGCCGAUUCCGACGAUGAAGAUGCUCUCAUCGCCUCCCUCGAAGAAGACCCCGCCGUCGACGCCUUCCGCGAACAACGCCUCCAGCAACUGCACAGCGAAUUCACGCGCGCCAAAUCCCAAAAAACCCAAGGUUUCGGCUCCUUCACCGAAAUCAAAGAAGAAAAAGCGCUCAUGGACCUCACCGCCUCGGUCAAAUACGCCGUCGUCCAUUUUUCCAAAGAUGAUUUCGCCCGUUGUGGUGUCAUGGAUACUCAUCUUUCCACACUAGCACCCAAACAUACCGACACCCGAUUCCUCAAGAUCGAUGUCGAAAACGCCCCGUUCCUCGUCACAAAAUUAAACGUGAAAAUCCUACCUUGUGUUCUAGUAUUCAUAGACGGUCGAUCCGUCGAUCGAAUCGUCGGAUUCGAGGGCUUGGGAUACACGCCCGAUACCUUCACCACGAAGGAUUUGGAAGCAAGACUCUUAGCCUCAGGCGUUAUAAAACGUCAGACCACAGCCGGAACGCUGUAUCUCGAUAAGAAAGCCAAGAAGCAGGAAGAGGAAGAAGAUGAUGAUGACUGGGAUGAUUGAGCACGAGGACUAGCAGUGAAAAUGUCAUUUGAGCAAGUGAAAGCGAGUACAUAUUUCUCUCAAUCGAAGCUAGAUAUUAUGAAAGGAUGUUCCCUCCUCAUACUACAUCGCAUCUCCGAAGCCCCACGACGAUAGAUCUUCGUUGGAUCAUAAGAAUGAUCAUAUGAACCAGAGAAAAUCAUGAGGGAUCUGAAAGAAAAGCUCGGGGGAUAAUUUCGCUUGAUAUACAAUGUUCAUGCUGGGAGAAACAUUCGUCUGGCUUAUACCUAGAAAGUUUCAAUGCGAAUUUCAGGGAAUACCGGAUGCGAAUUUUAUUUCCCCCGCUCCUA